CUCUGAUCCAGCAUCAGCUCAGCUCUUCACUCAAAACCAGGACCAACACGAUGCUCAGCUCCGGACUCAGCAGCACACUGUUGCUGGGAGUGUUUUUACUCAUGACUGCAGGAUUUACCAGAGCUGAACUUUCUUUCCCUUCCACUGUCACUGCCACAUCCACCGGGAGAGUGAUCACCUUUAACAGCGUCAGUGUCCAGCAGCUGAGCUGUGAGAGCGGACUGAUCAUUGUGCAGUCAGUUUUGCACAGGUGUGAAGAUCGACGCACCUGCUCUGCACUUCCCAAUCUGGGCGUCAUCAAGAGAAGCUGUGACCUGAAGGAAGUAUGUCAAAUACAAACAGACAUCAUCUGUGCCUGUAAUUCCAGCAUCUGCAAAUACCUGGACAUCACCUACGGCUGCUUCCCAGCAAACCGCACUGUAGCAUGUGAAGGAUCUCAGGCAAAGCUUCAGUGUGAUGAAGGACAGGUUAUAGUCGUCUACAGGGCUGAUUAUGGACGCCGUGACAUCACCACCUGCUCUGAUGGACGUCCUGACUCUGAGCUCCAAAAUGUUCAGUGUUCGAGUCCCAACAGCACAGAAUAUGUAGUGAACAGCUGUAACUGGCAAAAAAGCUGCACUGUUGCAGCAAAGAGCUCAGUGUUUGGAGAGCCCUGUAAUGGCACCUCCAAGUACCUGGAGGUGGUUUAUGGCUGUCAGGAGCUGGCAGCAUCCUGUUUACUCAUCCCUUCAGUCAAUGUGACUUCCAUUUACAACGUGACCCCCAUAUCCAGAGGGAGAGCAAUCACCUCUGACAGCCUCACUGUUCAUCGCCUGAGCUGUGAGCGUGGAGUGAUUAUUGUGGAGUCGGCUCAGAAUGGCACUCUGGACAUCAUCAGGAAAAGCUGUGACGGCAACAAAGUGUGUGACAUAAAUACAAACAUCACCUCUGAGCCCGGCAUCUGCAAAUUCCUGCACACCACCUACGGCUGCUUCCCAGCAAACCGCACUGUAGCAUGUGAAGGAUCUCAGGCAAAGCUUCAGUGUGAUGAAGGACAGGUUAUAGUCGUCUACAGGGCUGAUUAUGGACGCCGUGACAUCACCACCUGCUCUGAUGGACGUCCUGACUCUCAGCUCCAAAAUGUUCAGUGUUCGAGUCCCAACAGCAGAGAAUAUGUAGUGAACAGCUGUAACUGGCAAAAGAACUGCACUGUUGCAGCAAAGAGCUCAGUGUUUGGAGAGCCCUGUGGUGGCACCUACAAGUACCUGGAGGUGGUUUAUGGCUGUCAGAUCCACAGUGUAACAUGUGAGGGAUCUGUGGCAAACCUGCAGUGUGAUGAAGGACAGGUCAUAGUCGUCUACUGGGCCGAUUUCGGGCGCCGUGAUACGACCACGUGCUCCGACCACCGUCCAAAACAUGAGAUUCAAAACGUCCAGUGCUUGAAUCCCACGACUAAAGUAGCCGACAGCUGUAACGGGAAAAGCAGCUGUGCUAUCGAAGCGAGCUGCUCGGUGUUUGGAGACCCCUGCGUGGGCACCUACAAGUACCUGGAGGUGGCUUACGAUUGUCAGUACCGCACUGUGGCAUGUGAAGGAUCCCAGGUGAACCUUCAGUGUGAAAACGGGCAGGUGAUCACCAUCCACUGGGCUUAUUUCGGACGCCGUGACACGACCACGUGCUCCUACCAACGUCCAGACACUGAGAUUCAAAACGUCCACUGUUUAAAUCCCACGCCUAAAGUGUCGGACAGCUGUAACGGGAAAAGCAGCUGUGCUAUCGAAGCGAGCUGCUCGGUGUUUGGAGACCCCUGCCCGGGCACCUACAAGUACCUGGAGGUGGCUUAUGAUUGUCAGUUCCACAGCAUCACGUGUGAACAUUCUUAUGCAAACCUUCAGUGUGGUGAAGGAAAGGUAAUAGUCGUCCUCUGGGCUGAAUACGGGCGCCGUGAUUCCACCACGUGUUCUUACAAACGUCCUCCCUCUCAGCUCGAAAAUAUCCACUGCUCCAAUCCCACGAGCAAAGUAACCGACAGCUGUAACGGGAGAAACAGCUGUUCUAUCAAAGUAAGGAACUCGGUGUUUGGAGACCCCUGCCCGGGCACCUAUAAGUACCUGGAGGUGGUGUACGACUGUCAGCAUCUGCUGACGGGAGAACAUCCGUGAAAUCAAAACAUGUCUGUGAUUUGAACGCAGUGCUUAUCUAAUCAGUAAUCAAUACAUAUAGCAAAAGUAUGUGGACACCU